AUGAUGAGACUCUUUGGACGCUUCAGUCCAUCUCGUGGAUUGAGACUACUCAAGUUCAAACACCAGCGGAGGCAACAAAGGAGAGAUAGUAGUACCUGGAGCCGGUACAAUAAGCACUACGGAAACUCAAACUGGGAUAGAUUGAAAGGGCCAGCUCUUUUCACGCUUGCGUUCUGCGUGGGCACCACUUUGGGGGUUCCGUUGUUGAUGAAAUUCACUCCGCUUGGAAUCCUCACGAGAAAUCCUCUGUGGUUGAUCUACUCGAUAAUUGCUGCAAAUGGGUUGGUGUUCUUAAUGUGGAAAAACCCCAACUUUAUCACCUUCAUGUCUAGAUACGGUUUGCUUGUUAAAGAUAAGAUGUACUCGAACUGGUCAUUGUUGGGGUCAGCCUUCUCACAUCAGAGCUUCAUGCAUAUCUUUGUCAAUAUGUUUGUUCUCCAAUCUUUCGGAACCAGUUUAUGUGCAAUGUUGGGUGCUACUAACUUUCUUGUCAUGUACCUUAAUUCUGCUGUCAUUGCUUCAUUUGUUUCAAUCCUUGUACCGACUUUGAUGAGAACAUCUUUGGCGGUCGGAUCAUUGGGUGCUUCGGGUGCAGUUUUCAGUGUAGUUGGUGCAUUUUCUUAUUUGAUUCCAAAAGCCCCAAUUGCCCUCUUUUUCAUUCCGGUUCCAGGCGGCGCUUGGUUCGCCUUCUUGGGUGCUAUAGCAUACAAUGCUGCAGGGCUUUUCUUCAGAUGGGGUGCGUAUGACUAUGCGGCCCAUUUGGGAGGAUCCAUGGCAGGUGUGGCUUAUGGCUGGUAUUACACCAAGAAAAUGAGAGAACAAAGAGCUCGAGCCAGAACCAUUCGUCCACGGGGAUUUUAA